GAUUCCCUAGUAGCGUCCUGAGAAAGGGUACUUGGGAAGUAAAUCUUGUGUCAUGUUGCUGGUCCUUACUCUCACACUUGAUGGAAAGUUUGCCUGGGUGUAUAGAAUUCUAAAUUGAGGAAUUGCUAAGAAUUUGAAAGUAUUAUUUUACUGUCUUCUAGCUUCUGUUCUAAUUACUCUUGAUCUUAUAUGACCUGUUUCCUGUCUCCUGCACCUCACCCGCCACCUCUGCAGAUCUGAGGAUGUUUUCUUUAUCUUUUUUGUUCUGAAAUUUGGUAAUGAUAUGUCUUGGUGUAACUUUUCUCUUGAUUGUUGUGUUAAGUACUAAUGGGGCCUUUCAACCCAGAGAUUUUCGUCUUCUGAUCUAGAAAAUUUUCAUGCAUUAUUUUUUUGCUAACCUACCCUCCUGCUUUUUCUCAAUCAUCUUUUUUCAAAUUUUAUUAGAUAAUUCAAAAAUGGCAGAACUCUUUAUGGAAUGCGAAGAGGAAGAGUUGGAACCAUGGCAGAAGAAAGUGAAAGAGGUUGAUGAUGAUGAUGACGAUGAACCAAUCUUUGUUGGAGAGAUAACAAGUUCAAAACCAGCAAUUUCAAAUAUUUUGAAUAGAGUAAACCCCAGCUCAUAUUCAAGGGGAAUCAAGAAUGGUGCACUCAGCCGAGGUAUUACUGCUGCAUUCAAGCCUACAAGUCAACACUACACGAACCCAACAUCAAAUCCAGUGGCUGCCUCGCCAGUAAACUUUCAUCCUGAAUCUAGAUCUUCAGAUAGUUCUGUUAUUGUUCAGCCUUUGUCUAAACCUGGUUACAUAAUGAACUCAUCACGAGUUGUAUCUAGUAAUUCUUCAGAGUUACUGUUUGACUUGACCCAGGAUACAGGAUUACCACAUUACCAAGGGGGACCAACACUUUCUAUAGCAGGUAUGAAUGAAAGUUCAUUUUUAUCAAAACGUCCUUCUACUUCUGAAGUAAACAGUGUUAAUCCAAAAAAGUCUAAGCCCAGUGAAGGUGUUUCUGGAACAGAUUCAUCAGCUAUAUUUCCUUCAGUCAAAUCUCUUUCUGUGACAUCUCCCCAGGCUGUGCCAUCAAAAGGUACAAAUACCUCAUCAAAUCAAUCUAAAAAUGGAACACCUUUUCCAAGAGCUUGUCCAAAGUGCAAUAUUCAUUUCAAUCUUUUGGAUCCUUUGAAAAAUCACAUGAAGUACUGUUGUCCAGACAUGAUAAAUAACUUUUUGGGACUGGCUAAAACAGAAUUUUCAAGUACAGCACAUAAAAAUAAAACUAUUGAUUCAGAAAAAGGAAAACUGAUCAUGUUGGUUAAUGACUUUUAUUAUGGAAAACAUGAAGGAGAUGUGCAGGAAGAACAGAAGACUUACACAACCUUUAAAUGCUUCAGUUGCUUGAAAAUUCUUAAAAAUAAUAUUAGGUUUAUGAACCACAUGAAACACCAUUUGGAACUUGAGAAGCAGAGCAGUGAAAGCUGGGAAAACCACACCACCUGCCAGCACUGCUACCGUCAGUUUCCCACACCAUUUCAACUGCAGUGUCACAUUGAAAGUACACACACCCCCCAUGAAUUUUCUACCAUUUGCAAAAUAUGUGAAUUAUCAUUUGAAACAGAGCAUAUUCUUUUACAACAUAUGAAGGACAAUCAUAAACCUGGUGAAAUGCCGUAUAUUUGCCAGGUUUGCAAUUAUAGGUCAUCAUCAUUUUCUGAUGUAGAAACUCAUUUUAGAACAUCCCAUGAAAACACUAAGAACUUGCUAUGUCCAUUUUGCCUCAAAGUUAUUAAAAUUGCAACACCCUAUAUGCAUCAUUAUAUGAAGCAUCAGAAAAAAGGAAUACAUCGUUGUACAAAAUGCAGACUGCAAUUUUUGACAUGCAAAGAGAAAAUGGAUCACAAGACUCAGCACCAUCGGACAUUUAUAAAACCUAAACAACUAGAAGGAUUGCCUCCUGGAACAAAAGUUACUAUUCGAGCUUCAGUUGGACCCCUUCAAUCAGGAUCUUCAUCUACACCUUCCAUUAGUGCAAGCACUUCUACCCUUCAGCUCUCACCUCCAAGGACUAAAAAUAUAACUGCUAAAAGUCCCACAAAAUCUAUCACAAGUAAACCUAAUACAGCUAAACCCAUUGCAAGUAAACCUAAUGCAAGUAAGCCUAAUGGAAGUAAAUGUAAAUACAAAUCAAAAAUUUCUAAUAUGCAAAGGAAACAAAGCACAUUGGCUAGUAGCAAUAAAAAAAGUAAAGUCAAUACAGCAUUGAGGAACUUAAGGUAUCGUCGGGGAGUUCACAAGUGCAUUGAGUGUUGUUCUGAAAUAAAAGAUUUUGCAAACCACUUUCCUACAUAUGUCCAUUGUAGUUUUUGCAGAUACAACACUAGCUGUAGCAAAGCCUAUGUGAAUCAUAUGAUGAGCUUUCAUAGCAACCGUCCAAGUAAAAGGUUUUGUAUCUUUAAGAAGUAUUCAGAAGAUCUCAGGGGCAUUACUCUAGUGUGCCUUAAUUGUGAUUUCCUAACUGAUGUUUCUGGCUUAGAUAACAUGGCUACACACUUAAGUCAACACGAAACUCAUGCCUGCCAUGUUGUGUUACAGAAAGUUUCUGUUUGUAUCCCAACUUCUGAACAUCUUUCUGAAUUGAAAAAUGAAGCUGCCACUAAGGAACAAGAACCUGUGUCUGAGGAAAUUCCAAGACCUAAUAUGGCUGAAGGAGAAACAGAAACAUCAAAUUCUGAAAGUAAACAAGAUGAAGCUUCUUCAGAGGAAAUAAAAAAUGGAUGUGAUGCAAACUUAUUUACAGGCUCAUCAGCAGCAAAAAAUGAAGAAGGCAUAUCAGUUUCAGAUAAGGAAAAUGAUACCUGUCUUGGAGACCAGGAAACUGGCUCAAAGAAUAUCUUCAGUUAUGAUUCAGUCACUGGUGCAGAUAAAGUGGAAAAGGAAAAACGAAUAGAGCACAUUUGUCAGGAAACAGAGUUGAAGAUGUGCCAAAAUUCAGAAAACAUUGUUUCCUGUGAUCAGACUGAAGAGCGCAACACCGGUGAAGUCAGAUUUUCUUCGAAGAAUAUUAAGGGUUUGCGGUUAACAUCUGGUGAUGUCAGCAUUGACCAGUUUUUGAGAAAAAGAGAUGAACCUGAAUCUGUUAGCUCUGAUGUCAGUGAGCAAGGCAGUAUUCAUUUGGAGCCUUUGACUCCGUCAGAGGUACUUGAGUACGAAGCCACAGAGAUUCUUCAGAAAAGUAGUGGUGAUCCUCCAGCCAAGACUGAUGAAGUAGUGUCUGAUCAAACAGGUGGCAUUCCUGGAGAAAAUAGCCUUAGCACAACAGAGACAACAGUAGACCUGGCAGACGAAAAAGAAAAGAGCUGAACUUAAUUAGUCAUUCUAAGUUUUAGUGUACCAACGGUGAGAGCAUUUGGAAAAAUGCUAUCAGGUGAGCUCAGUGGUGCUGUUGCAAAGUUCAGAGAUGGAAAAAUGUGAGGGAGGUCAUUCAUACACUUUACCUGUAUGUUCAACCUAGGUUGUUAAAUCAAUUCACCAUUAAUAGCAUGAUUAGUGUGAAUUUCCAAGAAGUUUUUAAAACAUGAAUAGAAUUUUAAAGUUAAAUUUGCAAAGAAAAUGUCUCAUUUAGCACUUUUCAAAGAUAUGGAACUUGGUUGCCAGUAUGAAUUGAUUAUUAGUUUUAUUAAUAAAGCUUUUGAAAUUUCCAUCAUUCCUAAGCUAAAAGUCCUUAUUACCUGUACAUCCUUUUCAAUUAACUUAAAGGAAGAGAUUUGGAAACUACAUCUCUUUGGGGAAUAAUUGAUUUAAAAUAAUGGCUGAUUGGCAUUGUUAAUGAAAGCUUCAUUUUGAGUAUGAAGCUGGUAAAUGGAGCAUGCUUAGAGUGCUAAAUUUGUUGAUCUAAAAAGAAUUUGGAUGAGCAUAAACUUAACUUUGGAUUUAAUAUAACAUUCCAGACUGCCAGAAGCAUGUAAACAGAAUAUUUGAAUCUUUGUACCUCCAUACAAGUGUUAGCCUGCCAGGCUGUAAGCUUACCUUAAUUAAACUUUCAGUGAAAGUGAAAUUAUUAAAAUAUAAAUUUAUAUUUGUGCUUUUUGUCAGUGUGUAAGCUGUGCAGAAAUUCCUUGAUGUACUAGUUGUAUAAAGUAGAAACCCAUUGUUGAAACUCCUGUAGCUAGGAUGCUUUUAGUAUUGUUUUAAUGAUCUUCUUUAGAAUUAGACCCAUAAAAAUGGUCUGGAAACCAAACCAAAGUAUGGUAUAAUGUAGAUAUUGUAAAGCAGUAAACUGAAAACAUGUCCUGGCAUGAAUUCAGCCAUAUUUAAGUGACUUUUUAUGUAACUAUAAAAUAGAAACUUCAAAUGGGACCUAAAGCAGGAUGUAAAAAAUUGGUUUGGGAUAUUUAGCCUAAUUUAUCCAUAAGAUGGCUGCUAAAUUGAUUUUUCAGUUUUUUAUCAUAUAGAGAAUAAUAGAUAUAGAAAUGAAUAAUAUGAGUAACAGUAGUUUGCUUUGAAGUACUAAUAAACUUUUAUUUAAAAUGCUACAUUUUUACUUCUUAAAAUGUGCUUUGAAUUCUUAAAUUUCAUUUCACUGAAUGUUAAAUGUUUUAAAUGGCUAUUAAAAUUCUGCUGUAUAUAGUUUUUGAGUAAAUAUUUGCAAUAAAAAUCUGUCCCUGAAUAAUUUUAUUUUUCAGAAAGCUGUGUGAAUCGGAUUACCUUUGGCACUUUUAGAAAUUGUACACCUGUUCAAGGAAAUUUUAUGUUAAAGUUAGUGGUAGAAUUUCAUUCUGUAUUCUUUAAAUGAUGCAUGAUUUAUUUUAAAUUAGGGUUGAAAGUAUUAGGGGAAAACUGUUACUAUUUACAGAGAAUAGAUUUGCUUUAUAAAUUCUUCCACUUAAAGAGAAUUAUAAUAUAGUUUUCUAUCUGCUCAGUAAAUUAAAGAGGCUAACUAGGCAAAAUAUAGUAUUGACUUAUUUUCUUGAAUAUUUUUGUGGGGGAGCAAAUAUUUUUAUCUUUCCUACUUUAAAGAAAGGCGGGAGAGAGGGACUUAAUAGCUGUUAUUCUUCACCUUGUUGAAACAUAAAUCUAUAGCAGAGAAGAUUUAUUGAGUAAGUUAAACCUUAGAAGGACAGGGACAAAAAGAGUCUAUGCAUGGACUACUUCCUGAAUCUUACUCAUUUAGUUGCCAAGCCUGCUACCUACUGCUGCAAAACCCUAGAGCACUAUGCCAAAAUGUGAUACGAUAAUCCCUUUUGAGCUUUGAGUAGUUCCUUCUCCUGCUCCUAAAUACUUAUUGUAGUGGUAUUAAAAAUACCUGAUCAAUGAACUGUUUAUACUCAUCCACUAUGAGAAAAGGAAACCAUACCAGACUGUAAAUCCUUCAUUGAGAAAGUCUAGCAAUGAAAACAAAAAAUUGAUAUAAACAUUGUACUCGGUAACAUAAUUGUUUUAUGUUUUUGCAUAAUCUCCUUAUCUCUUUUCUGAUCAGGAACAAACAAUUGAGGAAUACAAACCAAACCUUUGAGUAGCAAUGCUUUAGAACAGGCGUCAGCAAACUUUCUGUGUAGAGCCAGAUAGUAAAUAAUUGUGGGCUGUGUGGUCACAAUUAUCCAGCUUGUCCUUGUAGCUUGAAAGCAGCUGUGGACAAUAUGUAAAUGAUAGCGUGUUUGUGUUCCAAUAAAACUUUAUUUACAAAAACAGAA